AAUGAAAUAAGUAGUAUAACCGCUGCGGGUCUCACAUACUUUAAAUUAUUUAUUUGUUGGUUUAAAUAAAAUCUUGGUGGAGGCGGGUUUUUUACAAUUGAAAAUGUCUUCAUCUGACGAUCUUAAAUAUUAUUUCUUUUUUCUAUUGAUUUUUCGAGGACAUUAAAUUAAAUAGAAAAAUUGAAGCAAUGUUUCCAUAAAAUACCAUAUCAUUAAUUAUAGUUUUAAGUCACAUUUAAUAUAUGCCGUCGGAUAGGCCCCUCUGACAGCGGAAGAUUACGUGUCCAUAUUGCAUUUAGCUACGGUUCACCUGAUCCAGUGACGGUUCAGAUUCGCCUGGGACAUCGGGAUUUCACUCCACGUGUCCUGGUUCCCACGUUAGGCGCCAAAGACAUAAUAGUUGCGUAUCCACGUGUUGAUCUCCGGUGACCCCUUCUUCUUGGCUGGCACCUGAAACGAUUAAGGUAGCCGCUAAUUUAGGAUUAGAAGCUAAAUCCGUACUUAACUCUUAAACCAAAGAAUCACUUUUCUUUCUUACGUGUCAGCAACCCCCCUGUUCGCUUCUCUCCUGUCUCCACGUGGCACGACCCCAUCUCUCUUCUCUCUCUCUCUCUCUCUCUCUCUCUCGUAUUUCUUCUUAUUUUCUUUCUCUAGCCAUUCAAACCUAGUCCAACCGAAGGAAGAAAAUGGAGAAAUUUUAGGAAGAUGGGAAGGGUGCAUGAUUUUAAAGUUUGUUCUGAGUUUUCUUGAUUUCUCUUAGAGUAUUUAAUUGAUUUGGAAGAAAUGGGGAGAGAUUUCUCUAUGGUGGAGGAUGGAUUUGGGCUGAGUUUGGAGUUGUCCAUCGGUGGGAGCUACGGGAAAUCGGGUAAUAACCCGGAAACAAUUGCGGGGCAAACGACGGACCCUUGUGGGGAAGAUGAUGAGGGCGAGAAUAGUAAUAAUGGUGUCCCAAGAUCUGAUUUUUCCUGUGCGGGAGCAGAUAAUGGCUGUGAGUUUGCGGAUCUGCACAAGAGAAGGGAAAUUCAGGCUAUAAGAAGGCAAGAAGCCCGUAAGAAAAGAGAAGAAAAGCUCAAGAAAUCGAGAGGGUUGAAUGGUGUAGAUGAUAAGCUGAUUUUGGAGGCUCAGCAAUUUCAAGCCAGAGUGAAGGACAGGGAAGCUAGAGAAAGAGAUGGGUUUUCAGAGGAUUCAGCUCGGGGAAAGGACAGAAAUGAGACAAAAAAUGUUGGAGUCCAAGACUUGAAUAUCUCAUUAUUCACUGAGAACAAGAAUCCGGGUACUGAUUUUACGGGCCCCGGAAAAGAAACGCAGUGUUUGUUCUCACAGGUUCAGUUUCUGCCUGUCUUAAAUGGUUUUGCGUAUUCUCGUGUGGUUCCGUCUCCGGGGCCUGAUGUUGUUGAUGGGAAGAAGAAUGAGGUGAAGGGGUUUCUCCCUGUGGCUUGCAGGAGUUCAGUAGGGCAUGGGAAUGGGAAUGCAAGUGGGAAUUCUUCGAUGGAUUGUGAUUCCGGAGACGGGCCAGGGAAUUCGGCGGCCCUGUUGACUGAGUCUCUGAAACGGAGUUCUUCGGCGGGUUCGGAUCAUCAAAGCACAUCACAGAAAGGUGGAAGCUGUAGUGACUCCGGAAGCCAUGCAAGUAGCUUGAGCACACACCAGAAUCAGUGCGCUUCAAGAAAUGAUAAGGUUGAAUUUCUUGAAGCCAUUGAUUCUUUUUCACGGGCAGAACCAGACCAAGGGUUCGGGAAAGCAAUACCGGAGGAGAGUUGCAAAACAACCAAAAAACUAGAAGCAGACCCUCAUCCCAAUCAAACUAACAACACUAGUUCAACGAUCGAGAAUCCAACCUCUCCUCCAUCAAAAGAACCAACUGGUCUUAUCGACAAACCUCCCAAGCCACCACAACACCACAAGCACGGCAUUGCUUCUGCUCCACGUAUGCACCGUGUCUCAACAACAGGAAAUGGCCCGAAGGGUAGAACGGUAACUGGAUUUUUGUACAGAUACACGAGAACUGAGGUCAGCAUCAUGUGUGUUUGCCAUGGGAGCUCGUUUUCACCUGCCGAGUUUGUGGAGCAUGCUGGAGGAGUAGACGUAUCAAACCCUCUCAGGCACAUCACUGUGGUUCCUUGGGCCUCGGAAUAAUUGGUUUUUUCUUUGUUUAACGCUUAAGUCAUCGUUUUGUUUUCUGAUCGAGAUGGAGUAGCAUAGGAGGCACUGACUCUUGCUUGAAGAUAGUGAAGAAGGUUGGAUCAUUUUGGAAGGCAAAGGGUUGUAAACUGUGAUCCUUGACCCUUCUCUCUGAUGCAGAAGAUUCUUAAUUCUUGUUAGAUUUUCUGUGU